CACCUGCUGAGCACAUCAACAGCAAGAGACAAAGACGCUGCAAGACAAACUGCUGUCAGCUGAAACCAUGAAGGCCGCACUCGCAACCCUCGCUGUCCUCGUCCUGGCUCUUGGCUGGACCUCUGAAGCCGUGCAGGUUGAAGAGAAUGGACUGUCUUUCUCCCUUGAAGCCGUCAAGAGACUUCAGGAGCUGUCAGGGGGCAUCUUUGCUAAUGAGCAGCAAAACCCUCGGCUCAGAACCAGCACCGUGUCCCUGUGUGCCGAUCCCAUGCUCCCUCAGGAGUUCCUGCCCCUAUGCAGGCAGAGAGGAGCGUCUGCAUCGCUCUACAGGCUAGCUGCAGUUCCCAUGGACGUGUGUGAGAUCUGCGCCUUUGCUGCCUGCACAGGCUGCUGAACAAACAUACCCAACAUGCCAGAAAACAUCUCGCCCAGCUUAAGACUUGUGAUUUUUCUUCCUCCCCCUUCAAACUGUUUCAGCGAACUUUAAAAACAAUCGCUAACAACUUGUAAUGCCCUCAAUACAGAGGUUCUGAGUCAGGCCUAGAAGAUGAAAAAUAACCCAAAAUGAGAAUGAAUCAGACAAACUGAGGUAUAUUUUUGAACACUGUUACUUUGUA